ACUGAGAGGCGAAAGAGCAGGAAGAGGUCGGGGUUGGGCGGGGCCUAAGGGGGGUGCGUGCGGCCCGUUGCGUCAUCAGCAGCCGCAACGACCUAAAAAGUAAGGAAGAUGGGCGCGAGGGCGGCCGCCUCGGGAGUCCCGAGUUCGAGCCCCGGCCUCCCCCACCCGAGAAACCAGGUAGAAAAAUAGCUGGUUGGAGGCGGCUGGACUGGACCAUUGGUUGCCUUGACAUGUGAGAAGUCUCUUUCUGGAGGUAUCCACUUUCCUCUGCCAGCCGCAGCAAUGACUGAAGGAGAAUACGUCCUUUGCAAGUGGCGGGAGCAGUUCUGGCCCGCCAAGGUCUUGUCCAGAAGACAGCUGUCCAACAGUGAUAAAGGGGCCUCCCUCCGUGUCGAAAUCUUCUCUCUGAAUAAACAGGCCGACGUGCUCUGUGCGGAUACCGAACCCUUGAGCAAGGAGAACAUUGAAGCCAUCGCCUCUCAGCUAGCUCAGAGCAAGAAGGUCCGCAAGCCCGUGAAAGAGCUGAAGUACCGGAGAGCUCUGCGUAUGGCUUUGGACAUCCUGACUCUCUCCAAAGAAGAUAGCCCUUCCAAAAGGAGAGAGAAGCCAGCUUCCAACAACGUAACCAAAGAGGGGCCUUUAUCAAUGGCCGUGGCUGGCUGCCAGCAGCUCUCUUCUGAAAAGGACAUGCGGAAGAGGAAAAGAGAGGAACAGGCUUCGGAUGUACCUACAUCAUCGCCGGGUGCAGUCCAAGAAAAGUGUAGCCGGUUCCCCAGGGACAAGACGGAAGGCUCUUCCGAACGUAAACCCUCUGCAUAUGAACUGAGACCCCUUCCAAGCCGCAGGGAGUUGGAUACACGAAGCUGUCACACUUCCAGAACCAAGACGCCAGGAACAAAGGACGCCCAGCUCAAAAAGUGGCCCAAAGCCAGCCCCACCAGAAAAUCGCCACGUUUCUCAAAGGAGGCCGAGAGGUGCUGUCAGGGUGAAGAAGGGUCUGGUGAGAACAGCAACUUCUCCUUGCCUGGCCCUGAGCACUUGCCUAGGACAAGCACCCCAAACAACCCUCUCCGCAGCUCUUGCACCAGAAAAAAUCCAGAUGCAAAAACUAGGCUUAAGAAGAAUCUGCUGGACUCCCUUGUUGAGUGUGGGUCAGCCAAGCUCCCGGAGACCAGACAGCCUUCCCCAAAGAAACGUAGGAAGGCCUCUGGCAGGAGAUACACGGAGGACUCUCAAGGAACCCGCCUAGAACUGUGCGACGUGGCUCAGUCUCCCUCCCAAGGAAAGCCACUCAGGAGUUCCCCCAAAAACUCCAACUGUGGAGCUGCUCUUGAAGAGCCAGUUUUGGAACCUCUGAAAAAGAACCAAAGUGGUCUUGUGAACACAGCCCAGAGCCUCCAGUCUCAUGACCUUGAAGAUGGAGAAGGGUUAGGACCCACCUCUGAGCUGCCCUUGAGUCCUCCAAGAGAGAGCUCAGUUUUGGGGGAUGAAGAGGACGACGAAGAACUUCCCAGUAUCCUCCUGAAUCAAGAGCCCUGUUCGAUUGAAGCAGGGAUGCUGGUUUGGUCCAAGCUCUGGAGAUACCCCUAUUGGCCAGCAGUGGUGAAGAGGGUGGAGCGGAAAGCCAAGAGAGCGAGUGUGCUCCCGAUAGAAAAAGACCUGGCCAAUGAGAAGUCGAAGGGUAUCUGUGUCUCUCUGAGAAACCUCAAACACUUUGACUGCGAAGAGAAGCAGGUGCUGAUAGAUAAAGCCAGAGAGGAAUUCAGCCAUGAAAUUAACUGGUGCAUUGGCUUGAUAAAAGACUACAGAAUCAAAGUAGGUCUCCACUGCUUCACGGGAUCCUUCCUGGAGUAUUAUGCCAGUGACAUGAGCUACCCAGUGAGAAAAGAGGCCCAGUGGCAACUCUCCCAGAUGGCCUUCCCCAGAAUAGAGAUGGACCUGAAAGGAUCUCUCUCGGGGGAGACACCCCCUAAGCCCACUAAGAAGGUUCUUCCCGACCGGAUGCGGGCGGCCAGGGACAAGGCCAAUGAGAAGAUCGUGAAGUUCAUUGUGAAGGCCAAGGGGGCGGAAGAGCACCUGAAGGCCAUCCUAAAGAGCAAGAAGCCGUCUCGGUGGCUGAAGCAGUUCCUCAAUGCCCCUCCUUACGUGACCUCCAUCGAGACAUACCUGGAGGAUGAUAGCCAGCAGGACCUUGUGUUCAACUACUUGCGCGAGGUCUACCAGAAAGUCAGUGCCAAGAUGCUCCGGCUGCGAAACGGAGACAGCAUCCAAUUCAUCUUGGAUGUCCUCUUUCCAGAGGCAAUCAUAUAUGCCAUUUCAGCCGUGGAUCGGAUAGACUACAAGAAAGCAGAAGAAAAAUACAUCAGAGGGCCUUUGGUCAGCCAGAGGGAAAGAGAAAUAUUUGAAGAAGAAAUCUUGGAAAAGAAGAGGAAGCAGCACCUCCAGGAGUCUUAUGCGGAAGACAGCUUGUAAAGUUGGCCACUGUAACGGUGUCCAAGUUGGCACAGACCUGGUGUGUGUACAGAACAGAAAUGGAAAGCAAUUAUUUUGUAUAGAUAAUGAACUUCUAUUUUUUAAAAUAGAUAUAUAUUUUAAAAAGCUUCAGUAUAAAUAUGUAACCUUCUCCCUGCUUAGCCUUUAUCCUCUUCAUCCCGAUUGCCCUUUGCACUGCAUUUCUUGUGGGAGUAAAGUCCUGGAGCUGCUGCUCUGUAAGAAUCACCCCAGUGAAAGGGGGCUUCGGAAUCCCAGAUCUGUGAGUCGGAGGGUGGGGGCAGUGGUGGUUUGCGAGCACGUCUGUUUCCCAGGCUAUCCGCCCUGUACUCCCACACCCCCACCAACUGGCCAAAAGGUAUAGUAGGUUUUUGAAUCAAUCCCAGAAACAUGCUGAACCUGUUUGACUGGAAGUUAAAGUAGACUGAGUGUACGCAUUGUGAACAGCCAACUAUAUAUUUUUUUUAGCAACAUCUUGGCAAUGAGCCGUUGUCCGUCUCUGGCCUUGCCAAAUCCAGAAUCGCACUUCUCCAAACACUAUGCUGUUGAUACACAGUGACUCCUGCCUCAUUUGCAAACCUCUUAACAGCAUGGGAUAGAGAGGUGUCUUUUCCCACAGCAAGAAACAACCUCUUUCAGGCACAUGUUGACCUCGAAUCCUAGAAUGAAUUUUUCUUUUUAAAAAAAAAUACAGAGAUUUGCAGGAGCUAAAAUUUCCAAUGUUUCUGAAUUGCAUCAACUCCCCGCUAAACUUCUCGCUUUGUACAACUUUUUUUUACUUAAUAAACUAUCAUAUAAAUUGGUCCUACCUGAA